GGGACGGAGACAAGCCGUCGGAAGAGGCCUGCAGAGGCCUUUUACACAGUGGAGUCACCGGUGCUGGGGAGCAGCCUGCGCUGGGCACAGCCUAUGCAAUUUGACACUUGGAUCUCCAGGACGACCAACAACAAAAAAGCCAAGACAGCUGGCUGUCAGCGGCCAGGCUCUGCAUGAGGGGAAGCGCUGAGGGGCGCAACAGUGGGUCAGAAAAGAGGUGUUCGAGGAGGAAGUAAAGGUGGAAGUACGAGAAGAGGGACGGCCAAGAGCUGAGAAGGCAAGUGGGGGCUUGGUACACGGGGUGCUCCUGUGCAAGGCCCCCUGCCCCAACACCUGAGCUCCUGCAUAGCCUGGCGGGCGCCUGGCGUACCAUGGUGGCCCCCAGCUUCGCGCAAGAGAUGCAUGCCAUGGGUGAGAAGCUGCUGCUCAAGCUGCAGAGGCUGCCUCAGGCGGAGCCCGUGGAGGUGGUGGCCUUCUCUGUCAUCCUCCUUUUUGUAGCUGCAGUCCUGCUGCUUCUACUCAUUGCCUGCAGCUACUGCUGCGCCCACUGCUGCUGCCCCCGGCAGCGUGGCAGGAAGAUCCAAGUGCGGCCCAUGACCCCACCGUAAGAGAUGGUGGGAUGAGCGAGGAGAAACUGGAGAGGAGCCUGCCGCGGCCUGGGCUCCAGCCACGACACAGGCGAUCUGCCACCCUGCAGCCCUCAGCCCAGGACAGACAGCCACUGACCCGGCUCGGGCCCUGCCCAGGCAUCUGGACACCAGAGCCUUCUGAGAACACAGGACUGUUCCAGGCACAAACUUCUCAGCUCCCAGUGAACACCAGGUGCCGAAGAGGCGGCAGCUGUCUCAAAACUGAGUACACCACCCUGCAUUCUUUGCCUACUUGUGCUUUCUGACAAAACAGGGAAGCAGGGCCCCAUCUCUUGAGGGAGAAGAGCCCACUGCACCUGUGGGGAGCUGGCCCUGAGGGUUCUGCCAAAGAACUGGCGCAAGCCAAUCAGAGGGACAUCGUGCAGUAACUACUGGACGCCAAGAUCCCUGCCCAAGUGGGAACAUGUCAGUCAGUAUUCUACUUCAGUGCUUGCCUGCUUCUUUCCAAGUAAAAGCUUUUAGUUACGUGUUUCUGCGGCACCAGACUCCCUGCAGGUUGGGCUGGG